ACGGCCUACGGCUGCCCUCGUGCAUUUGCCCCCGUCUCAGUCUUAUCCCCCUCUUCUCUCGUAGCUUCAAAGCGCAGAGGCUGGGCGAGAGAGAGGGAGAGGGGCGAUCGGCAAAGGCAGGGUAAGGGAAAAACGAGAAAAUGGAGAGCAACAAGGUUGUGGUGUGCGACAACGGCACCGGGUAUGUAAAGUGUGGCUUUGCGGGAGAGAACUUUCCUACAUCCGUGUUCCCUUGUGUGGUUGGAAGGCCAUUGCUUCGCUAUGAGGAGUCACUCCAGGAGCAAGAAUUGACGGAUAUUGUUGUUGGUGCUGCUUGUGCUGAUUUGAGACAUCAACUCGAUGUAUCAUAUCCUGUCACAAAUGGGAUUGUUCAAAACUGGGAUGAUAUGGGCCAUAUAUGGGAUCAUGCAUUUUACAGUGAGCUGAAGGUUGAUCCAUCUGAGUGUAAAAUACUACUGACAGAUCCACCACUUAAUCCUGUGAAAAACCGUGAACAAAUGAUUGAGACAAUGUUUGAGAAAUACAACUUUUCUGGUGUCUUCAUUCAGAUCCAAGCAGUUCUUUCGCUAUAUGCUCAAGGCUUGCUGACUGGACUUGUCAUUGAUUCUGGUGAUGGUGUCACUCAUGUGGUGCCUGUAGUUGAUGGGUAUUCUUAUCCACAUCUGACAAAAAGAAUGAAUGUAGCUGGAAGGCAUAUCACAUCUUAUCUUGUUGAUCUAAUCUCAAGAAGAGGGUAUGCUAUGAACAAAUCUGCUGAUUUUGAGACAGUCAGAGAAAUAAAAGAGAAACUGUGCUAUAUAAGCUACGAUUACAAGCGUGAAUACCAGCUAGGACUUGAAACCACAAUCCUUGUCAAAAGUUAUACUCUUCCAGAUGGACGAGUAAUUAAAGUGGGUACUGAACGGUUUCAAGCUCCUGAGGCUCUUUUUACUCCUGAACUCAUAGAUGUUGAAGGCGAUGGGUUGGCUGAUAUGGCAUUCCGUUGCAUUCAGGAAAUGGAUAUUGACAACCGGAUGACGCUUUACCAGCAUAUCGUCCUAAGUGGUGGAAGUACCAUGUACCCUGGUUUGCCAAGUCGGUUGGAGAAAGAGAUUCUGGAUCGCUAUCUUGACGUUGUUUUGAAGGGAAACAAGGAUGGACUGAAGAAAUUGCGUCUGCGGAUAGAGGAUCCUCCACGGAGAAAGCAUAUGGUCUAUCUAGGAGGUGCAGUACUCGCUGGAAUCAUGAAGGACGCACCUGAGUUCUGGAUCACAAAGCAGGAGUACCUGGAAGAAGGUGUCGCUUGCCUGAGGAAGUGUGGACAAGCAUAACCAUGAGAAUGUAUCUACACCUUCCCGUCAUAAGCGAGUAAAUUGCGAAGAACCAUCACAUUUGAGGCAGUUGUUAUGAAAACCACCGUUUUGUUAAUUUUCGCGCAGAACCACCACGAUUCAGCGAAGUUGUUGCACAUAGCACUGAUUUCAUCACGUAUAAGCAUGUUUCUGACCGAC